CAGCAGCAGUAUAAGAGCAGAGGAGCAGCAUGCAGAUCAUCACAGCAAGCUUCAGUCUUCAAUCCUCCAGCACCCUCAGAGAAGCUGCUCCACAUCCCCACUGCUGAUUCAUCAUGCUGCACGCUCUCUCUCUAAGGGUUUCUUGGAUCUGCCUGCUGCUCUUCAGCAGUGGAGCUUGUUUUCCUGCAACCAAAGAUGAUUACCAGUAUCCCUACACUGCUGCCGUCUCCAGUGAUGAACCCACUGCUCAGCUGAGCCUGGAGGAACCUUCUUAUCAAUCUGAGAGCGACGUCAGUGACAACCUCUCCCCUCGCUCUGGGGCUCAGCUUCAACCGUCUGCAGUCCAGGAGCCAGCAGAGGCCCAGCAGGCCCCCGCUGCUGCUGCAGCCACCAGCUGGGCCACCUACCAGCCCGCUACUUACGACGUGAGCUCUGCUUCCAGACCUGCCAGAGCUCCUCAGGGUUCAGGUCACGUUGGUGCUCCUAGCUUCCAUGCGCAGUCUCAGCCUCAAGCUGCCCCGGCAGCGGUCCCUUACGCCGCCCCUGCAGCAGUCUCUUACGCCGCCCCUGCAGCAGUCUCUUACGCCGCCCCUGCAGCAGUCUCUUACGCCGCCCCUGCAGCAGUCUCUUAUGCUGCUCCUGGAGCCUCCUACGGUGGCUUUAAUGCUCCUGCAGCCUCCCAUGGUGGCUUUGGUGCUGGUUCUUACGGUGCUCCUGGAGCUUCACAUGGUGGCUUUAAUGCUCCUGCAGCCUCCCAUGGUGGCUUUGGUGCUGGUUCUUACGGUGCUCCUGGAGCUUCACAUGGUGGCUUUAAUGCUCCUGCAGCCUCCCAUGGUGGCUUCGCUUCUGCAGGCCCCGCCUACGAGUCCACAAUCCUUUACAGCGGCGCUCCCAGCUUCAGCUUUGAGGGUUCUACUUUUGGAAGCGAGUGGUCUGCCCUGCCCACCGUAGGAUUCGAGUCCUUCAACCCAAAUGGCUGGAUGCCAUCUCGUUCCCUCCCUGACUUCAGCGUCUGGGGCUCUCAGGAGGAAGCGGCGGCAGCAGCAGCGGGUGUCGGCUCCAAGGGCGUUAAAGGUGUGCAGCAGGCGGAGGAAGAGGUGGAGACCUUCUCCGUGCCGGCUUCAUCCUACAUCGUCCAGACCAGGAACGGCUACCAGCGCGCCAGAGAAGUCUCCUCCCACAUGAACUACUCCCCAGAGGUCCCUGAACCAGAAGUGGUCUACUACGAGGUGGUGCAGAAAGCGGUGCCUCAGGCUGAACCAGUGAAGGGUGGCAAAGGAGGAAAAUACUGAGGACUCUUUGACUCCUGGCUUCAACCUGCACAGGACUUUGAAAAUAAAACAAAUUGAAACUUAAA